CCAUCUUGGCUCUUCUGCGAGGGCCGAGGCGCAGUGUGGGAGAGGUGAGGUGGCUGCUGCGGCUCGCGGGGCCCACACCCAGAAGGACGCGGACAGACGGCGCGGGGACGACGACGACGAAAGCUUCCGGAGGGCUUUACCCCGAGCUGCCAAGGUGGAGCCGCGUCGACGCCCGCCGCGGGACCUGUCGCGCCUCGGCCGCGGGCGGAGCGCGGGGGGUCGUAGCGGCGGUGGUGGUGGCGGCGGCGGCGGCGGGACCGUGACGCGGGGGUCUCGGCGGACCUCUCGCGAGAGUUGCCGCCGCCGCCGCCGCCGAAGCGGGGAAGCCGCCCCCGGCGGCCGCAGGAUGAAACGCGGAGGAGGGAAAGAUAGUGAUGGUAGUUCAUCUGAGGAAGGACCUGCAGAGAAAGGCAAGAAGCUGAGGACUUCCGGUGGACACCCUCACAGUUCUGACUGGGGCAACCUCCUUCAGGACAUCGUUCUCCAUGUAUUUAAGUAUCUGCCUCUGCUCGACCGGGCGCAUGCUUCACAAGUUUGCCGAAACUGGAAUCAGGUAUUUCACAUGCCUGACUUGUGGAGGUGUUUUGAGUUCGAACUGAAUCAGCCAGCUACUUCUUACUUGAAAGCUACACAUCCGGAACUUAUCAAACAAAUCAUUAAAAGACAUUCAAAUCAUCUACAGUAUGUCAGCUUCAAGGUGGACAGCAGCAAAGAAUCAGCUGAAGCUGCUUGUGAUAUAUUAUCACAGCUUGUGAAUUGCUCUUUAAAAACACUUGGACUUAUUUCAACUGCUCGGCCAAGCUUUAUGGAUUUACCAAAGUCUCACUUUAUCUCCGCACUGACAGUGGUGUUUGUAAACUCCAAAUCCUUGUCUUCACUUAAGAUAGAUGAUACCCCAGUAGAUGAUCCAUCCCUCAAAGUACUAGUGGCCAACAACAGUGAUACCCUCAAGCUGCUAAAGAUGAGCAGUUGUCCUCAUGUUUCUCCAGCAGGUAUCCUUUGUGUGGCUGAUCAGUGUCACGGCUUACGUGAAUUGGCCCUGAACUACCACUUGUUAAGUGAUGAAUUGCUACUUGCUUUAUCUUCUGAAAAACAUGUUCGAUUAGAACAUUUGCGCAUUGAUGUAGUGAGUGAGAAUCCUGGACAGACACAUUUUCAUACUAUUCAGAAGAGCAGCUGGGAUGCUUUCAUCAGACAUUCACCCAAAGUAAACCUAGUCAUGUAUUUUUUUUUAUACGAAGAGGAAUUUGAUCCAUUCUUUCGUUACGAAAUACCUGCUACUCAUCUUUACUUUGGGAGAUCAGUAAGCAAAGAUGUGCUUGGUCGUGUGGGAAUGACAUGUCCUAGACUGGUUGAACUAGUAGUUUGUGCUAAUGGAUUGCGGCCACUUGAUGAGGAGUUAAUUCGAAUCGCAGAACGUUGUAAAAAUCUGUCUGCUAUUGGACUAGGGGAAUGCGAAGUCUCAUGUAGUGCCUUUGUAGAGUUUGUGAAGAUUUGUGGUGGCCGCCUGUCUCAGUUAUCCAUUAUGGAAGAAGUAUUAAUUCCUGACCAAAAGUAUAGUUUGGAGCAGAUCCACUGGGAAGUGUCCAAGCAUCUAGGCAGGGUCUGGUUUCCAGACAUGAUGCCCACUUGGUAAAGUCUUAGUGUGGAGGGCAAGAUGAAUAGCACCUUACUUGUAAACAUACUUGUUUAUAAUAAAAUUUAUUUCCUGUAGUUUUUAUGUAAUUCUAUUUUG